AGAUGGCCCCGCGGCCGCGGAGCUGCUGAUGCGGGCGGCGCCGGCCCCCCACGGCCACGGCCCCGGAGUCGCUGUCAGGUGCCUCACCUUGUGCCCACCACCAGCCAGGCCAUGAAGACAGAGAAGGACGAGGCUGUGCCCACCUUCUCCCUGGGGGGUAAAUAUGCAGGAGAGGGGGCAGGCUGCAGUGAGGCAGCUCUGCCCGGGGGCCCGGCGGGGAGCGGAGGGAGCUCAGCCCAGGAGCAGCGGCCGCUGAAGCGCAGAGCUGUCCCAGGGAAGCAUUACCAGUGCUCCAGUUACGGCUGCAAACUGGCCUUCCCCAGCAUGCAGGAGCUGAUGGACCACCUGAAGGUCCACUACAGACCCACGCAGUCCCUCGAGGGCAAAACUUUCCAGUGCCCCACUCUGGGCUGCACAGAGACCUUCCCCAGCAUGCAAGACCUCAUGACCCACAUGAAGGUUCACUACAAGCCAAACCGCUACUUCAAGUGUGAGAACUGCAUGCUGCGGUUCCGGACCCACCGCUCCCUCUUCAAGCACCUGCACGUCUGCUCCGACAGCUCCAGCGGCCCCCCGCCGCCCGCCCGGCCCGACAGGCCCCCGCCGCCGCCCGCUCGCUCUGCCCAGGACCAAGAGCCCCCGGCCAAAGCGGCCGAGGGGCCGCCCCAGCUCCCCGGCGUCCUCAGAGCCCCCGAGAGAGAAGCGCCCGGCUCGGACGCUGCCCCCGGCGCGCUGCCCGCCGGCCUCCCCGAGCUGCCCGGCUCGCUGGAGCCUCUGCCCCUGCUGCCCCCGGCCGCCGCUCACCCCUUCCCGCUGCUGGAGCCGCCCCUGUUCGGGUCGUCCUUGAGCCGCUUCCCUGGGCCAGCCCCUUCCUCGGUGCCGGGGCCGUUCCUGCCCCUGGCGCAGCCGCCUCCGUUCGGGCUGGCGCAGCCCCCGCAGCAUCGCCUGCGGCCCCUGGUGCCGGCGCACGGGCCCCCCGGCUCCAACGCCGUGUGGAAGAAGAGCCAAGGUGUGAGUGUCAGCCCACUCCUCCCAUGCUUUGGCUCAGGAGUGACUCCAGGCCACUCGUCCGGCAGCCGCAUCGUGUGGGAGCACACGCGGGGCCGCUACUCCUGCCUGCAGUGCCCGUUCCGCAGCGCCUCGCGCCAGGAGAUGACGCUGCACGUGGAGGAGCAUCGCAGGAGCGCCGCCGCCCGCCUGGGCGCGGACGGGGAUUUCGGGGUGGGUCUCGGCUCUUUCCACGCCAAGCUGCCGCCGGAGAUGGAGAACUCGCUGUACUCGCAGCUCUGACGGCCGCAGCGCCCGCGGGACUCAUCCUGCGCCGGGCACGGGGGGCACAGCGCAGCGCGGGGACAGGGGUCCCUUCCCCAGGUCCCAGCAGCAUCCCCCCGGCCCAGCACAGGGGAGCAGGGGGAGGGUGGAUGUUUUGCCCUUUGAUUUCUGCCCUCUCUUUGGUGUUUGCAAAGUCUGGAGCACCUGGAACCCUGCGGCUCCCUCCCCUGAAGGGUUUGUUGCUUCGGCCCCAGGGCUCUGGGGGAGGUUGCUCAGGAGUUUGGGGACUUCUCUGGAACAAGGUGUCACAUAAUAAAUGGGAAUGAUCCAGGA